AUGCAGAUCUUCGUCAAAACCCUAACGGGAAAAACCAUCACCCUCGAGGUUGAAUCCUCCGACACAAUCGACAAUGUCAAAGCCAAGAUCCAGGACAAAGAAGGGAUACCACCGGACCAGCAACGUCUCAUCUUCGCCGGCAAACAGCUCGAAGACGGCCGCACUCUCGCCGACUACAACAUCCAGAAGGAAUCCACUCUUCACCUUGUCCUCCGUCUCCGUGGUGGCGCCAAGAAGCGCAAGAAGAAGACGUACACCAAGCCGAAGAAGAUUAAGCACAAGCAUAGGAAGGUGAAGCUUGCUGUUCUGCAGUUUUAUAAGGUUGAUGAUUCUGGGAAGGUGCAGAGGUUGAGGAAGGAGUGCCCCAAUGCAGAGUGCGGUGCGGGGACUUUCAUGGCUAAUCACUUUGAUCGUCAUUACUGUGGCAAGUGUGGUUUGACCUAUGUUUAUCAGAAAGCUGAUGCUUGA